CUGAAACGCCAAACAUCGCGAGAGUUGGUUGCCUUGGCUGCAGCACACAGUGACGCUGAGGGAUGUUUAAGGUUUAGCGGCAGAAAAUAACAGAUUUUUACCCUGCCGACCAGCCAAGGGGGAGGAUGCAUACUGCAAGAUAUACAGUGUUGUGAAGACUCACACUUGUUUACAAGCAGGACGAGACUCUUGCCGUCAAUCUGCACACUGUUGCUACUGUUUAAGGGUGUAGCACAGAGCGCUGCAGUGAAGAUCACCACACCUCCCACAACCCAGAAUCCUGAGUAUAGUGGUGUGAAAUUCCACAAUCAAAUCCCAGAGAGCAGUUAACAAGGCCAAGAGACAGCAUUUGCUUUUUCUGUCUGAUGCAAGACGACAACAAGAAGCUAACGCCCUUGGAUAAACAUUUUUUCCAGAACAAUUUUUUUAAUAUAUAUAUAUUUUCUAGUUUAUAAAAAUUGUGGCCAUUGGCAGAUCUGAAUUUUUAGAUCUUACAUCUUUUGGAUAAAACAGUAAUAUGUUUCCCCUCGACUUUGGAAAGAUGAACUUGGUAUUGUUAAGGGGAGGGACAAUUUAGAGUUCAAGCGAUACUGAUUUCCUCCACCAUGUCAUGGAAAAGAAACUACUUUGCAUCUGGCAGCAGUGGCUUACAGGGUAUAUUCACCCCACGAACCAUGACAUCAAUCGCCCCCAGCAAAGGACUCAUCAAUGAGCCAGGACAGAACAGCUGCUUCCUGAACAGCGCUCUCCAGGUUCUGUGGCAUCUGGAUAUCUUCCGGCGAAGUUUCCGGCAGCUCACCACACACAAGUGCAUGGAGGACUCGUGCAUCUUCUGCGCUCUGAAGAGCAUUUUUGCACAGUUCCAGUUCAGCAGCGAGAAGGUGCUGCCUUCUGAUGCUCUCCGCUGCGCUCUGGCCAAAACCUUCCAGGAUGAGCAGCGAUUCCAGCUCGGCAUUAUGGACGACGCUGCCGAGUGCUUUGAGAAUAUCCUCAUGAGGAUCCACUUUCACAUCUCUGAUGAGACUAAGGAGGACAUCUGCACGGCCAAACACUGCAUCCCUCACCAGAAGUUUGCCAUGACACUCUUUGAGCAGUGUGUGUGCAGCAACUGUGGAGCCUCCUCAGACCCCUUGCCCUUCAUUCAGAUGGUCCACUACAUCUCCACCACCUCUCUGUGUAACCAGGCAGUGCGGAUGCUGGAAUGCCGGGAGAAGGCCACCCCAGACAUGUUCGGAGAGCUGCUGAGGAAUGCCAGCACUGUGGGAGACCUGCGCAACUGCCCGGGCAACUGUGGAGAGAAGCUCCGUAUUCGACGUGUCCUUAUGAACUCCCCAGAGAUCAUCACCAUUGGCCUGGUGUGGGACUCAGACCACUCUGACCUGGCAGAAGACGUCAUUCAUAGCCUGGGCACCGUCCUGCGGCUCGGAGAUCUGUUCUACCGAGUGACAGAGGACAAGGCCAAACAGGCGGAGCUCUACCUGGUGGGCGUGGUCUGUUACUAUGGCAAACACUACUCUACUUUCUUCUUCCAAACCAAAAUCCGCAAGUGGAUUUACUUCGAUGACGCUCAUGUAAAAGAGGGUAUCCAGAAUAUUUCAAACAGGUCUUUGCUUUUGUUUAGUUUUUCACUAGGCCGUGAGCCAUCAAUUUCCAGCGACACACGGACAGACUCCUCCACAGACAGCUACAGCUAUAAGCAUUCACACUCCCACCACGAGUCUAUGGCUUCCCACUUCUCCUCUGACUCCCAGGGAACCGUCAUCUGUAACCCAGACAAUGACUCUGCCUCCCACAGCAGCCUGGAAAAUAGAGGUCCUGACAGCGAUCCAGUGCGACGCCACACUCUCAGACAAGAUGGGGUCUCAGACAGAAAGGGAGGAAUUUUGGACAGGAAACGAAGUGCCAGCAGGCCCCGAAAAUUCGAGGCCCGGGGUGAUUCAAGUCGUUGCGCUAAGACAGAUGAGGUGUUGUCUGCCGGCUACCACAGUGAAGGCGAGACUUUAAAAGAGCAGCAGGUUCCUCGUUCCCUACCUAAACCUAGCUCCAGUCGGCUUCGAGACUUUAAGGAGACUAUGAGCAACAUUAUCCGUAAUCGGCCGCUUUCCGCAUCAUCCUCGGGCUCUGUUGGCCCACCCGACUCCACCAUUAAGGCCAGAGACUGGGAAGCUGACAGCACCAGCAGCGAGUCCAAGUCCAGCUCCUCUGGAGGGCGGUACUGUCCACCCUGGAAGCCUCGUCGAGAGGCCCUCAACAUCGACAGCAUCUUUAGCAGGGAACGCCGCAAGCAGGCCGGGUAUAGUCCGCUAGGAGCUCUCUUGUCUGAAGACCCAGGGCCUCAGGGGGAAUUGGUGGCCUCAACGGGGAAGACCACCUUUCGAGACCUACCGGGACCCCUGAGACGAGGAUCAGGGCAGCCCCCACGGCUUAUCCAGAGGAUGGAGAGUGGCUAUGAGAGCAGUGAGAGGAACAGCAACAGCCCCGUCAGUCUGGACAUGCCUGUUAGUGAGGGCGCCAGUAAUGGCACGCACAGUUUACAAGAGGGAGGAAUGAAAAAGCCUCCUCCUGAUGUCAGCCCAUCAUGGAAGACUGUCACCAAAUCCAAGAGCAGCAGUGCCCUACUACAGGAUGUCAAAGCAUCAGUCAAGGGCAGCAGUCACAUGAGUUUAGGCGAGGGCCGCAGUGAACUGGAUGAGCUACAGGAGGAAGUAGCUCGCCGGGCCAGGGAGCAAGAGUUACAGAGGCGAAAGGAAAAGGAGAAAGAGGUGGCCAUGGGCUUCAAUCCCCGACCCAGCAAGUUCAUGGAUCUGGAUGAGCUCCAGAACCAAGGGAAAGGGGAAGGCUUUGAGAGGUGUGUGUUGGAGGCAGAGUCUCUGUUAGACCAGUCUCUGAGAUUGGAACAGGCAGGAGAGGUGGCCGCUGCUCUGUCUGUGGUUAACGAAGCAAUGUCUAAACUCAGGCAUACCUUGCAUGAGAGCAGCGCUAACUCUCAGGGCAGGAUGCAAAAGUGCAUGAGGAGAGCACGAAGUCUGCAGCAGCGCAUGCAGCAGCAGGAACUGCAGCAGAAGCAACAGGAGGAAGAGAAGGAACAGAAACGGCUCCACAGUGAACAGUCUGUCCCGGUCCAAAUACUUCUGACAAAUGUUAAAGAAGAGGAUGAGAAGUCAGUUUCAGAAGAUGCAUUAAGACCACCAUCACCUGUCCACAUGAAACCUCAGUCUACAAAUAAACCGAUUUCUGAAGCCCCCGGCCCUCCUGUCUCCUACCAUACAGACACACUUUCCCAGCAGCAGGGCAAUGCAGGGGACAAGUCCAGUCCUCUUGGUGUGACAGAUAAUGGGCCGCAGUCACACACGUGGGGUCCCAGAGACCCUGUAACCACCACAAACUCUCUUGUACAAACUGCUAGUAUACGCAGUUCUGCCACUGUGCCUGUGAUUGCAGUGAAUGGCUGCGAGGCUCCUUUCAAGUCAUCAGUUCCGCUCAAUACGCCCUCUAGUCCAUCUCAUUUCAGUGCCCGUCAAACACCUUCCAUCUCUGAUCACUCCAACUCUGGGGAAGGACUGCAAAACCUGCCUCGUCCUCAGUCUCUCCAUGGCCUAACCCACGCACCCCACAGCCACACUUCUGAUGCCUGUCAAAAAUCACUCCCGGCACCCUCACGUAAUUGGUCCUGUCACAGUCUGGAACGUCCUGAUGGCCGUCCUACAGUGAUGGAGUCCUCCCCGUACUCUCCAUCAGACCUCCGCUCCCCCUCAUCCCCCUGUCCUCCGUCCCCAUCUUCACCAGCACUGGAUCAGCAUCCAGCUGGCCCUAUGCCCGUGGAGCGAUGGGCAGAGAAUGUCAAUCGAUACUACAACUCCCAGAAUUAUGCAUGGUCGGGACGUGGCUCACCCUGUGAGGAGCUGUCAGAGCUGGACUCACUUUAUCAGGCCAGCUUGAAGGCUCCCAGCAUGCCCCGAGCCCCACGGGGACCCAGCCCCCAGCUUGCCAACACAUGUGGUCCCGCUGCUUCUCGAAAGCACAACGCUGGAUUCUCUGCCACACUUGGCCGUUCCAAAACCCCCACAGCAGAGAUCGAGAGGAGUGCCUACAGGACACCAGCAUACAGCACUAAACCACUUCAGAAGCCUGUGUCUGCUGUGGCCUAUAAUGCACCACUGGGUGAGGAUGAAUCAUACAGUGCAGAGAACCUGCGACGAAUUGCUCGGAGUCUCAGUGGGACUGUCAUCGGAGGACGGACUGAUGUACCCCCAUCUCGCAGCUUUGACCCUCAUGUCUCCAGGAUCUCGAAGCAUGUGAACGUGCAAAUCCCCACACGUCACUCCAACACCUCACUGCAUGUUUUACCCCCUCCUUCCCACGAUCCUCCUGUGUUCCCUCACGAACUGCAGCCCCAAUACCUUCACCCAAGCCACCGCCACCACCCCGCCCCUCCAUCACACCUCCACCAGCAGACACUGAGGCCCGCUCAUGGACAAACAGGAGAUUGCCAAAAGGCCAACAAGUUUCUGGCUGUGCUUGACAGGGGUGAAACUUUCUCCCGUAAAAAUUACCACAAUGUCGCACUGAGUUACGGCACCCUUCCACGAGCCCUCCGUAGGUCAGUUUCAUCUGGGCCUCCUGUGCACCAAAUGAGGCCGGGACCCCCAGCGGGCCCGGGGCCCUGGAACUACCCUGACGCAGUCUACGCCACUCUGUCCCACCCUCACCGCACUACAGCAUCAAAUAGGACAAUGGAUGGUUUUUACAGACAGCCCCACCAGAAAUCUGCUUCAGCCGCCCCGAUCCCGCAUCACUCCAGCCAUCAUCACCCACACCUAGAGCCACCGACCCAACCCUUCCGCCUCGAUGUGCCCCCCGAGAGGGACUGGAGGGCUGCUAGGGACUCUCAUGUCUUCCCCAGGACAGAACCACGUGGUGGGACAUCCUGUGGCCCUCCUGUUUAUAUCUGUGGGUUGUGCAAGCAGAACCCAGCUGAGCCCACUAGAAGCUACUGCCAGACCUGCAGAGCCCAUAUGAACCACUACAGGAAGACCAGCUGAGUCAUACAGGAAAUGCAUCCUUCAACGCACUCAUUCUUGGAUUUGGAAGUAAACGCGAGAGCCCAUGCCAAUUCUGUGAAGUUCUUCACACAGCAAAAAGGAAGUUCUUGUUAGCUGCUUUGGCUAAAGUGAAAGACAAUGAUGUUUGACUCAUAUGUGAAUGUGGAGUGCUCAUGUUCUAAAACCACAUUUUAACACAGCUGCUGCAUUUAAACGCUAAAAGGAAGAUGUCAGCUCUCUGCGCUUUUACCUUCAGUAAAUGUUUCCACUGCUAAUUCAGUUCUGUAGAGUUAAGUUCACUUUAAUUGGCCACCAUCUCAGCACAAAGCUGUGAAGAACAGAGCACUUUGCUGCGUGGGACGCUGCAUCUUAACUGAUGUAAACACAAAACGCCAAGACUGACAAACUUUGCCUGCUGAUAUACAGUGUCUGCUCCGUAUAUGCACAAAAUACACUUUCGUUUCCAAUUAGCAUUCCAAGCUAACCUUACUUAGUUCUGUGAUUGUAAUUUAACUGUUAACUCAAGUUUAGUGCACUUCAGAAGUGUUAAGUUAGAAGCGUUCCUCUAUUGUAACUUCUCCCAUUUUUAUGGGAAAACAAUGUUUAUGUGUAACUACUUCAUUUAGAGGGCUGUAACGUGUGUGCAAGUAAUAAGAGGUACAUCAGAUUCCUCUAGUGUACCAACAGUCAACUUUCAACAACCUCAAUGGCAUUUGUGUCGAUAUUUUUGUGAACAGUAUUGUUCUGCCUGAUAAGUAGCACCUACACCUGUUGUGAUCUUUUUUUUUUUUUACAUUUUGUAGUAGCAGCAGUUUAACUUUUUGAUUUAUACAGUAUAUCUUACAUUAACUGUUAAGUGCAAAAAAUUUUCAGGCUGUUUUAAGACUUAAGAGAUCGUAAACAGAAGGACAGAACAUUCUGCAGUGCCUUGGUUUGCAAAAGGUAA